AUUCUUGGACCCAAAUGAUCCUGACUCUACCAUUCCAACCUACAGAUGUGUAUCGUGACCGCGGUGACCACUAGCCCCGAGACAUCAAAAACCGUCCAUUUUCGCCCUUCUAAACAGGACACUGCGGGGAACCAGAAAAGAGAAUUUGUGGACGUCUUGCAGACACAUUUGACUACUUCUUUUGCAGACGUUAGGCUUGCUUCUUCCGAGUCCAUCCUCCUUUAUGAUACUAAACGGCGGGGCUAAGCGUGAGUUUCUUCUUCUCGUUGACUUCUCAUGGCAUUCAACGAUCAAUCAACGCUUAGUACAGGACUCUACCCUGCUUCGCUCGCGAAACUCCCCGUUCUUGGCUGUUGUUCACACUCAAUUGCUGAACCCGGAGGAUUCCAGCGUUUAUCGUCUCCUUUCCGCUUUUGAGCCCGCCAAACUCUCCCCACUUGCUUUGCACCAUAGUUCCCAAGACAACAACAUGAAUAGGGAGUCUCUUGUUGGCCAGCUUGAAGAGAAAACAGGAGUGCUUGACAAGACAAAUCAAGGGCACUACAAGGCAAACGCGAAGCUUAGCGGAAAGAAUACUGAAAUAACCGAGCAGAACCAACGGCUUGAGGACAAGCUAAGGGAAGUCGAUGACAUUGUCAACGAACUUAUAAACUCGCGGGUGGAAGAUAAAAAAGAGAGGAUGAGGCUCGAGAUCGAUUCGUUAUGCGAUGCUCAAGAAGCAAUAUCAAGAAGGAUAAUUCAGCAAGAUCCUCUUUGCAAGCAUUGGAUCAGAAUCUGACACCUCCUGAAUGUGGUUCAAGACCGACUUGCUGAGCUCCUGCAGCUCGCCCCCAUCGGUCACAAGAAGGACAGAAUGUUUGCCUUUGCCGGGCGCUCUUGGACUCGGGGCAAAACAAUAUCUGAGGUCACGGAUUCUCUGCGCGCGCGCCCGAGCCCUCCAGCCCAUCAUCUU